AUGGCUGUUUCCCGCAGUUCUUCUGAAUUUCGAAUAGUUCUCAAGAUUCUCUGUUUUCGAUUAUCUAAUAAAUCACUUAAUGAAAGUAGAUUCUCUUUCCAUUCAUUUCAAAAUGUCUAUGAUCUCUUCCCGAACCAUGAUAUAAAAUCAAUACAAACAAUGAUGAGAACUGUGAAUACUUUCUCUGCUUCAACAGGAUUAGUGAUAAAUCCUAACAAAUGUAGAGUUUACUGUGGAGGGAUGGACAGAGAUGCAAAGGAAACCAUGUCUCAAGCUUCUGGCUUUGAAGAGGGUAAGCUCCUUAUGAAAUACCUAGGAGUGCCAAUAACUUAUAAGAGACUGACAAUUAACCAGUAUAUGCCACUGAUAGAGAAAAUUGUUCAUAGGCUGAAGCAUUGGAUUGUGAAUCUGCUAAGCUACUCUGGUAGAAUUAUGUUGGUUAAAAGUGUGAUCCUAGCCAUUGCCCAAUACUGGAUGCAAUGUAUUCCCCUUCCCCAAACUGUUAUUGAAAAAAUUGACAGGCUUUGUAGAACUUUCAUAUGGACUGGUAACACAGAAUUGAGUAAAAAAAGCCCUAUGGCUUGGAGCAAUGUGUGUAGGCCAAAAAGUUAA